AUGAUUAUUCGAAUAGAAUUCAGCCUAUUCAUCAGUGACCGUAUCGCCCUAAACAGAUCGCUGGGUGACUAUCGUAAGCCAUCUUGCCGCAUUAAGACCUACAGGAAUGUUUCCGAGCUACCGACAACAUCCGUAAUAAUCGUCUACCAUAAUGAAGCCUAUUCCACGCUUUUACGUACUGUACAAAGUGUAGUCGACCGAUCUCCUCGAGCUGUUCUGGCCGAAGUCAUACUUGUUGAUGAUUAUUCGAAUAGAACGUUCCUAAAAUAUCCUGUGCUGGACGAGGCGGUAAAAAUCUAUCCAGUACCAGUGAAAAUUAUAAGGACGAAACAACGAGUAGGACUGAUUAGAGCAAGGCUAAUGGGAGCACAGGAAGCUGAAGGCGAAGUGCUAACAUUCCUUGAUUCACACUGUGAAUGCACUGAAGGUUGGUUGGAACCGUUGCUGGACAGGAUUAGGGAUGAUCGGACCGUCUACCAUACUGAAAAAAGUAGUGGUUUAGCAAAGUUUCUUAACUCAACCGCGCAAACAAGCACGCUGGCGCUUCUAAACAAGCCAAAUUCCUGGCAUGGGUUGGAACUCUGCGGUAUUAGCUACAAUUUGAGUAUAGUAUAG